AUGAAGUUACAAAAUUCUUUAGAAAACUUGCUCAAGUGGUCUAAAUCACAUGGUGCGUACUUCGAUAAUGUUGAGUUUGCUAUCGAUAGAGAUAAGGGUGUUCACGGUACUUUGAAAAAUGAAGUCACUUUCGAUGAACCUCUCAUUAUAGUGCCCGAAGCCCUUUUCAUUACACCAGAAUUGGCGAAAGGAGUUUUUGGCCUUGACAACCCCAUAGAUGAUCUCAGCUUAUUGCUAUUAGCAAAACUCAAAUUUGACAAGAAAGAGACGCUUAUUGAUGGUAACAGCUUGUCAACAAUGUAUGAACCAUACAUUGCAUUUCUUCCAGAUUCCUGUUUAGAGGUUGGGCUUCCAUUAUUCUGGACUGAUCACGAGCAAGAACUAUUAAAAGGUACAGAUGCCUACCCAAGAUUGAAGCGAACCCGAGAAGAGCUUUUUGAAAGAUGGAGCUCUCUCAUGUCACUAUUAAACGAGCAAAAGAAACUGGAUCUUGUUAUGAAAGAAGCCCCGCUGUGCAAGGAUUCUUUAUCUUGGAAGAGUUUUGAAGCAUUCUCAUGGGCAUACUCUAUUUAUUGUACGAGAGCAUUCCCCAACUUCUUGCGUAAACAGAGUGAGAGAAGCCUCAAUAUAGGUUUCUUAUGCCCAAUAGUUGACCUCCUGAACCAUAAAAACGGCGAAAAAGUAACAUGGACGUGCGAGGAUAACAGUUUUGUGUUCAAGGCCUCAGCCAAGCGUAUCAGAGCUGGAGAAGAAAUUUACAAUAAUUAUGGAAACAAGUCUAAUACUGAUUUGCUUCUCAAUUAUGGGUUCAUUCUUAAUGAUAACGAGUCGGAAACAACAACGUUAACGUUAAAGGUUGAAGAGAGCGUAAUUGAGGCUGGAACUAAAUUUGGCCUAAAAUUGCCCGAGGGUACAUCCGCCAAUGGCAUAUGUUUUAACCUUUCACUUGUCACUCCUCUUCCGAAGGACUUGUUACGAUUUAUGGGUUUCCUACAUCAACUGUCAAGCGAAAAAAAUCAGUAUACCUUGAGGAUGCAUCUUGAAGGAAUUUCGAGAUUACGAGACAUUCUAGCUUCUCGUAUAACCACCUUUAGAUCCUGGAAGAUCGGAGAGCACGCGAAUACCAAUAAAAACAUCAUAGAGCUCGUUAAAUGCUACCGGUCUUCUCAAAAAUCACUAUUUCAAAGAGCGUAUGAAUUGUGUGAUUCCACCGAAAAAUCACUGAUACAAAAGUACAAACCACUAUCUUUGCAAAGAGCUCUCAAAGUAGACCCUGAAUUCGCGCAGCGUCUGACUUUCAUUUUCGGAACUAACAAAAUCGACGAAAUUGAAAAGAAAGGCCUCUCCGACCAAGUUUUACUAUUAUUCAUAAUGAGAUGCAGGAAUCUCAGGCCUGCCGGAGACUCCCCGUUGCGAUUCAUCAGUGAUGCGUAUGAGAAUGUCAGGGCCACUAUCGAAAUAACCAAGGAAGACGUUUUGGAAUACUCCGAUUUAUAUCACUCACUUUUCCCCUAUCUUAGCCACAAGAUUCCUGAAAUAUUUGCGGUUGGAGAUUAUAGUGCCAGAUCCAUGAUCAUCGCAGGGACUGUAGUAGAUAGAAUUGUGUUCAAAAGAAAGGUGAAUGGGGAGCUUUACUUGUUACAAAAGAUCAUAUUGGAAUAA